UUUACUAAAAAAAGCCAAGCUGACUAGGAUUUGUACACGUCGUCAACAAGGGUCGCACAAGUGUUGUUCUCUGCAUCUCUUCAAUCAAACAAAAAAUAAAUAGCCAUAGGAGAGUCUCUUCAUGGUCUUGGCGUCCCCUCGGUCAUUGCAGCGGAAGGCAAGGAAAGUGUGAAAAAUUGAAGCUUUUGGUUUCUGAGAUGGCCAAUCUGCCCCAGUCUCUCUCCAUAAACACUCCGUUUGGUGGUGGUGGUGGUGGACCCACCGCGACUACUCAGCCGGGGAAGGAACGCAAAAUGGCGUCGGCGGAGCAGUUGGUGCUCGACCUCAGUAAUCCUGAACAUCGAGAGAAUGCUCUCUUGGAGCUUUCCAAGAAGAGAGAAUUGUUUCAAGAUUUGGCUCCAUUGCUGUGGAACUCUUUUGGUACUAUUGCUGCACUGUUACAGGAGAUAGUUUCAAUAUACCCUGUUUUAUCACCACCAAACCUGACUCCAGUUCAAUCAAAUCGCGUUUGCAAUGCUCUUGCUCUUCUUCAGUGUGUAGCCUCUCAUCCAGACACAAGGAUGUUGUUCCUCAAUGCUCAUAUACCUUUGUAUUUAUACCCUUUCCUCAAUACAACUAGUAAGUCAAGGCCAUUUGAGUACUUGAGGCUUACCAGCUUAGGGGUCAUUGGUGCGCUGGUUAAGGUUGAUGAUACUGAAGUUAUCAGCUUCCUUCUAUCGACAGAAAUAAUUCCCUUGUGCCUGCGAACCAUGGAGAUGGGCAGUGAAUUGUCGAAAACAGUUGCCACAUUUAUCGUCCAAAAGAUUUUGUUGGAUGAUGUGGGCUUGGACUACAUUUGUACUACAGCAGAGCGGUUUUUCGCUGUAGGUCGAGUUUUAGGGAACAUGGUCGCAUCACUUGCAGAACAACCCUCAUCGCGGUUGUUGAAACACAUCAUACGGUGUUAUCUUCGUUUGUCAGACAAUCCUAGGGCUUGUGAUGCAUUAAGAAGUUGCCUCCCAGACAUGCUAAGAGAUGCUACCUUCAAUAGCUGCCUUCGUGAAGAUCCAACAACAAGGAGGUGGCUGCAACAGUUGCUUCACAAUGUUGGGGUGAACGUGAACUUGAAUCGUGUUCAAGCAUCCCUUCAACCUGGGGGAGGAUUUGAUCAUAUGCUGGUGAACUAGAUCAAGAUCGUAUCAUUUUUCUCUUGGUGUUGAAUCUCAGACUCACAGUGGACCAUCUUAACAACAAUUCAUUAUUCAUCCUAGCUUGUUCCUUGUUUUUUUGUUCAUUGUAUGUAGUGGCCUUAUAUCAAACAACUAGGGUUGAAGGGUAAAAGCCCAUGUUAUGGCCUUUAUUGUAACACACACUCUUGGUUUUAUGCAUCAUUUGGAAUUUCAAUACUCAAGUUCUCGUCAUCUUUUA